AUGGCGGUUCCCCUAGCACCUAUCGUUACAGCAUCGGCUGUCGGCAAGGAAGUUGCACGCGAGGUUGUGAUCGCGGUACAGGAUGCUCUAGCUUGCAAUGAGGGGGACAACGGGCGUACCCUCAAGCUUACUAAGGGGUUUUUUCGCUCCAAUCCACCAGAGUUUUUGGGAGAGGCAAGACCGCUGGAGGCGGAGAGUUGGUUGGAACAGAUUACCAAGACUCUCGACAUACUCAGAGUCGAGGAUGAGGGGUUGAGGGUUUCUUUGGCAACCUUCCAAUUGAAGGGGGCUGCGAAUUAUUGGUGGAAGUAUGUGAAGGGUACCGUGGGUACCACUUGGGUGGCGUUUACCGAGGCCUUCUUGGCCAAGUAUUUUUCUCAUUCUGCUCGGGAAAGGUUGAGGGAACAGUUUGUCGAGUUAUGCCAGGGUGCUACUCCUUUGGCUCAGUUUGAGAGGAGGUUUACUAGUUUGUCGAGAUUCGUUCCAGAAUUGGUGUCAACAGAGGAACGUCGUUGUUAUGAGUUUGAGAGGUGGUUGCGUGAUGAUAUUCAGGAGAAGGUGGUUGAAUCAAAGUGGAAGAAUUAUUUUGAUCCAGUCUAG